ACUGAUCAUUUCCAUGUUUGUCAGCUGAGAAUCUACAGAAAUGGUGUGGCUUCAGUUCUGUUUAAGCCUGUUUGCUGUGUGCCUGGUUCAGGCUAUACCGCCAUCAUUCAAGUACAGCAGAAAACUUGAUCCUGAGGUCUACAUGAAUAUUAGUGAGAUCAUCAGACACUGGGGUUAUCCAGCAGAGGAGUUUGAGGUGGUGACUGAGGACGGCUAUAUCCUCAGCAUCAACAGAAUCCCACACGGUGUCAAGAACAAAUAUUGGCAAGAGCCCAAGCCUGUGGUGUUUCUCCAGCAUGGACUCCUGGCAGCAGGGAGUAACUGGGUGACCAACCUGCCCAACACCAGCCUUGGCUUCCUCCUGGCUGACGCAGGCUUCGACGUUUGGCUAGGUAACAGCCGUGGGAACACCUGGUCAAGAAAACACGUCAGCCUCACGCCCGACAAAAAGGAGUACUGGCAGUUUGGCCAUGACGAGCUGGCUAAGAAGGACCUUCCAGCAGUAAUCAACUUUAUCACAAAAACAACAGGACAGGAGAAGAUCUUCUAUGUCGGCCAUUCUCAGGGAACCACCAUCGCCUUUAUGGCCUUUUCCACAAUGCCAGAGCUGGCUAGCAAAAUAAAGAUGUUUUUUGCUCUGGCGCCAGUAGCCACAGUAGCCUUCACUACAAGCCCCAUGGGCAAACUGAGCAGUCUUCCAGAGUUCGUUAUUUGGAAAUUAUUUGGCAGUAAAGAUUUCUUCCCUCAAAAUUGGCUCAUCAAGUUUUUUGCCACCCAGUUCUGUAGCAAGAAACCAAUCAGCGAGUUGUGUGGAAACAUCUUUUUCCUCCUCUGUGGUUUUGAUGAGAAGAACCUGAACAUGACCAGAACACCGGUUUACACCACACACUGCCCAGCAGGAACCUCCGUUCAGAACAUGGUGCACUGGGCACAGGCCAUUAAAAGUCGGAAACUGAUGGCGUUUGAUUAUGGAAAAGCUGGAAAUAUGGCUCAUUAUAACCAGUCAACACCUCCAGAGUACCAUGUAAAGGACAUGAAGGUGCCCACAGCACUGUGGUCAGGAGGACAUGACACCCUGGCAGACCCCCAGGAUGUAGCGUUACUACUCACGCAGAUCCCUAAUCUGGUGUACCACCACCACAUCCAGCACUGGGAGCACCUGGACUUUAUCUGGGGGCUGGAUGCCCCUCAAGAGAUGUACCAAGAGAUGAUUAAACUGAUGACACAACAAGUGUGAACAUCUCAACGUAGCUGCUAACAAUACGAACAACAAGCGUUCAUUUUACUGGAAUUUUACUUCUUAACAAGCAGCACUGAGCAAUAAUUUAGAGGUAUUUUAUUUUAUUUUACUUCUUGUUUACUUGAAAUGUGCAUUACCUCAUCUUUUUAUUGUUUGAUUAUUACUAAUAUGUGAAUCAGGAUUUUAUGAAUGUAUUUGCCAUGAUGUUACUAUGGUACUUUUAUUUUAAUGUGCAUUCGUCGGAUUUAAACUCUACAUUAUAGUCUUUGAUUUCUUGUGCUAACCUUUAUAUUUUAGUUGAUUUAAAUUCUUACUAAUCAUUUUAAAUAAUAAUUUAUAGUUUACAUGAUUGUACUUUCUAAUCAAACAAAUCCUUUAUACAAUAAAAUGAGCAUUACAUUAACCCUACAUCUCUAAGAGGAAAUGUGUGAUUCAUGAUUUACAGCGAGUGGGUAGCACUGUCAACACAGCAAGAAGGUCCUGGGUUUGAUUCCCAGGUGGAGCAAUCUGGGUCCUUUGUGGAGUUUGCAUGUUCUCCCCAUGUCUGUGUGGGUUUCCUUUGGUUUCCUUCUAUAGUCCAAAGACAUGCAGUCAGGUUAACUGGGGAUACAAAAUUGCCCUAGGUGUGUGUGUUUGCCCUGUGAUGAAUUGAUGACCUGUUCAGGGUGUUUCCUACCUUCCGCCCAGUGAACUGACCAGGAUGAAGCAGUUGUAAAACACACCAUGAGGGAAUUUACAGUAGGUGAAAAUAAUGGAUAUCCAUAACAUUACAUUAAUAUGCUAUAUAGCUAAAAGUACACAAGAACAUGAGCUUAAUAAGCACCCAAUUCUAAAUCUGUGUACUUGCCACAUGCAGUUUUUUUUAACCACUGAAUUGAGCAGUGUCUGUUGAAGUUGCAUGUCUUUGAAAUGUGGGAGGAAACCAGAGCACCCGGAGGAAACCCACACAGACAUGGGGAGAACAUGCAAACUCCACACAGAAAGGACCCAGACCGCCCCACCUGGAGAUCGAACCCAGGACCUUCUUGUGUUUGACAUUAAAGGCUUGAACUGAUGAAUCUUGUGUAACGAGUAACUACUGUUCCUGUCAUAAAUGUAACCAAAGUGUAAAACAUGAUGUUAAAAUUCUAAUAAACAAAUAAAUAAAAGUCA